GGUUCAUUAUAAGUUUUCAAUAUUUCAAUUUGCUUUUAAGGGCACGUUAAGAGCUAAAUAUAGACAUAUCCUUCUAGAAUUUGUGUGAUCAAGCGUUUUGAAAUUAAAUUUUUAAUAUCAUUUCUUUUUGGUGGGCAUUUUUAAUAUAAUUUCUUUAUUUAAACUAGCGGCCAGACAGGCGCCGUGUGAUCCAUAUUUUCUAUUACACAAACUUAUGUAAAAAAAAAAACAUAUUUUAUGUUAUGAUGAGUUUGUUAAUAAAUAAUUUUUGGUGCUAAAAAAAAUGUAUUAUAUUAUUCUGAGUUUAAGAAUUUUUGCUACUAAAAAAAAUCAAGAAUAUUAUUGAUAUUAUGAAAAGUUCGCACCAAAUUUUUUUUUAUCCUCUUUCUAUAUAGGUAUAGAUAUCUUAUUAAGGAACAUAUUAACAUUACCCAUAUUUUAAAUGGUUGGCGUCCUUAUUUAAAAAAAAUUGAAGUUUUAUCUUAGGGCACAUAACCUAUUAUAACCUAUUAGAUGCGGAUGGUGCAUUAAAAGAUCUGAUAUAGUGUUACAAGAUUGAAUGUUCAGAAUUAAAAAUAUGGAUGAUUCUUAAAUUUGGUCCCUAAGCACAAUCAAAUAUAAUUCUUAAAUUUAUAAUUUAGGAAAACGCUAACUAAUACUCCAGGCGCUAGUUAAGAAAAUCUAAUAUUGUAAAACUACGUUGGAACUUGUGUAGUCAAUGUUUGUAAAAUAUAAAGUGUCAUUUUGAAUACAAAAGUUAUAUUUUUUUUUUGGGUUACGUUAACUUGUGCCCUAAGGGCACAUGUUAAGCUACCUAAAAAUAGAAAUAGAGCAUUUAAUGGUGAAAAACAUUUAAUGUUUAGAAAAUUGAAUACACCACAAGUUCAAUAAAUAUUUUCCACAUUUAUCUUCUUAACAUGUGCCCUUAAGGGCACAAGUUAACAUUCUCCUUUUUUUUUAUCCUUAACUAAUAUCGGGGCACCGGUUAGCAUGACGCUAUAAUUAAAUACUCAAGUAGUUAAGUGUAUACAUAAUACAUUUUGAUUCUUAAAUUUAUAAUAGGUAAGUUGUUCAAUUUGUUUACUCCACAAUGUUCACACAGUUCACACGUUAUGAGCAUAUUCCAAGAAUUUAUUGGUCAAUGAUGAAUAACUUAUUUUCAUGUUAUUGCUAAUUUGCUAUCAUCAUAAAACAAAGCAUGUAUUCUCUUCCAACUAUGUCACAUGUCCUUCUGUAACUGCACAAAGGUUUCUUCUUACCUUUGACUUGUUUUCCAUCUUUCUUGAUCCUACUUUUGAGAGGAAAAAAUGGCUGCAACUUUGGUGGGAGGUGCAUUUCUAUCUGCUUCUGUUCAAACAAUAAUGGACAAACUAACUUCAUCAGAGUUUCGAGAUUUCGUCAACAACAAGAAGUUGAACAUGUCACUUUUGAAGCAAUUAGAGACAACACUACUCACUCUUCAUGCUGUUCUUGAUGAUGCUGAGAACAAGCAGAUCAACAAUCGUGCUGUCAAACAAUGGCUUGAUGAGUUGAAAGAUGCAAUCUUUGAUGCAGAGGAUUUGCUCAACCAAAUCAGUUAUGAUUCCCUUAGAUGCAAGGUGGAGAAUAGUAUUACAAAGUCUGAAAACAUCAAUGGUCAGGUUUGGAAUUUCCUUUCAUCUCCUUUUCAAAACUUGUAUAGAGAGAUCAAUUCCCAGAUGAAAAAUAUGAGUGAAAGGCUCCAACUUUUUGCACAACAGAAAGACAUCCUUGGCUUGCAAACUGUAGGUGGUAGGGUUUUUUUUAGAACACCUUCAAGUUCAAUUGUAGAUCAAUCUUUCAUGGUUGGUAGGAAAAAUGAUAAAGAGAAACUAGUUAAUAUGUUGCUAUCAGGUGGUGAUAAUAUCGGUGUUGUACCAAUUUUUGGCAUGGGAGGUGUUGGUAAAACAACCCUCGCGCAAAUUCUUUACAACGAUAAAGAAGUUCAAGGACAUUUUGAUGUAAAAGCAUGGGUUUGUGUGUCAGAAGAGUUUGAUGUUUUGAGGGUAUGCAGAACUUUACUUGAAUCUAUCACUUCAAGUGUUUGGGAAAGUGAUAAUCUUGAUUCUCUUCGAGUCAAAUUAAAGCAAAACUUGAAGGACAAAAGAUUUUUGUUUGUGUUGGAUGACAUGUGGAAUGAUAGCUAUAGUGAUUGGCAUGAGCUUGUGACUCCCUUCAUUGAUGGAAAAUCUGGAAGCAGGGUGAUCAUCACAACACGUCAACAAAAAGUUGCCGAGGUCACACAUACAUUUCCUAUCCAUAAAUUAGAACCUCUAUCAUACGAAGAUUGUUGGUCAUUACUCUCAAAACACGCAUUUAGAAGUGAAGACUUCGGCAGCCGUAAAUACCCAAGCCUAGAAACAAUUUGCAGGAAGAUUGCAAAAAAGUGUUGUGGAUUACCAAUAGCUGCCAAAACACUUGGAGGACUUUUACGCUCGAAAGUAGAUGCAAAAGAGUGGAGUAAAAUUUUAAAUAGUGACAUAUGGAAUUUUCCAAAUGAUAAUGUUCUCCCUGCAUUGCUUUUGAGUUAUCAAUAUCUUCCUUCUCAUUUGAAAAGAUGUUUUGCUUAUUGUUCAAUUUUCCCAAAGGAUUAUUUUCUUGAUAGGAAGCAAAUGGUUUUGUUAUGGAUGGCUGAAGGCUUCCUUGAACAUUCUCAAGGAAGAAAAACAAUGGAGGAAGUAGGUGAUGACUACUUCGUUGAAUUGUCAUCUAGAUCUUUAAUUCAACAAUCAAAUGAUGAUUCUGGUGGACAAAAGUUUUUCAUGCAUGAUCUUGUCAAUGAUUUAGCUACAAUUGUAUCUGGAAAAAGUUGUUGCAGAGGUGAACAUGGUGGUAACAUCUCUGUAAAUGUCCGUCAUUUGUCAUAUAACCAAGAAGAGUAUGACAUUUUCAAGAAGUUUGAGAAUUUCUACGAUUUCAAAUGCUUGCGAAGCUUUCUACCCCUUGGCCUCUGGUGGCGACAAUCUUACUUAUCUAAAAAAGUGGUUGAUGAUUUGAUACCCACACUUAGAAGGUUGCGUGUGUUAUCGUUAUCAGGUUAUAGAAACAUCACCAUUCUACCAGAUUCGAUUGGGAGUUUGGGGCAGUUGCGGUAUCUUGAUCUCUCCAACACUAGAAUUGAAAGCUUGCCUGAUACAACAUGUAACCUUUGCAAUUUGCAAACAUUGAUUUUAUCAUAUUGCUAUCAUCUUGUCGAAUUGCCGGUACAUAUUGGAAAGUUAAUAAAUUUACGGCACCUAAACAUUAGUUGGACGAACAUAAAGGAGAUGCCAAUGGAGAUUCUUGAGCUAGAAAACCUUCAGACUUUAACAACUUUUGUAGUGGGCAACCAAAAAGAUGGGUUAAGUGUGAGAGAGCUUGGUAAGUUUCCUAACCUACAGGGAAAACUUUGCAUCCAGAAGCUACAUAAUGUCAUUGAUGUUGUUGAAGCAUAUGGUGCCAACUUGAAGAGCAAAGAACAUAUCGAGGAAUUAAUUCUACGAUGGGGCGAUCUAACUGAAGAUUCACAAACUGCAAGAGCUGUGCUUGAUGCAUUGCAACCAUCAACAAACUUGAAGAAACUGAGCAUUGACUUGUAUGGCGGAACAAGUAUUCCAAGUUGGUUGGGAGAUUCUUCGUUUUCUAAUAUGGUGACCCUUUUCAUCAGUAAUUGUAUAUAUUGCACGGCAAUUCCACCACUAGGGCAGCUACCUUCUCUCAAGGACUUGACUAUUAGAGGCAUGACAUUGGAGACAAUUGGCGCAGAAUUUUAUGGCAUGCUGGGAGGAGGUUCUAGUUCUUCAUUCCAACCAUUUCCAUCCUUGGAGAUUCUGAAAUUUCAGAACAUGUCAAAUUGGAAGGAAUGGCUUCCUUUUCUCAGCAACAAAUUUCCUUUUCCUUGUCUUAAAUGUCUAAGGUUAUUCCAGUGUCCUAAACUGAGGGGAUACUUGCCUAGCCAUCUUUUUUCCAUAGAACAAAUUGGAAUAUAUGGCUGUGAUCUUCUCUUGGCAACACCACCUACUCUGCAUUGGAUCUCAUCAAUAAAAAUAAUAACAGUCGAGGGAGAUUUAGAUUCUCAAGCUGAUAUAAUCCAAUGGCCAAUGCUUGAGACCGAUUCUCCAUGUCAGCUGCAGCGUGCAUCAGUCCGUUGUUGUGAUACACUUAUGUCUCUACCUAAAAUGAUUUUAAGCAGCACUUGUCUCCAACACUUGGAACUUUAUAAUCUUCCAUAUCUCACUGCAUUUCCAGCAGAUUGUCUACUAACUUCACUGCAAUUACUCAGAAUCAUUGACUGUGAGAAUUUAACAUUUUUGCCUCCUACUAUGUGGUGCAAAUAUAUGUCGCUUAUGACAUUAGAGUUAGAGAAUAGCUGUAAUGCACUUACCUCCUUUCCAUUGGAUGGUUUCCCCGUGCUACAAAGUCUUUCCAUUGAUGGUUGUAUGAGUCUAGAGUCCAUUUUUAUUUCAAACAGUUCUUCCCUCACAACUCUUGAAUGUUUGACUCUCAUUGAUCUUCCAAAACUCAAGUUAUCAUUUGGUGAAGGAGCUUGCCUACUUCCCAAGUUGAGAUCAUUUCAGAUUAAAUCCGUGAGAGUAACAACGCCUGUAGUUAAAUGGGGUCUCCAACUCCUAACCGCGCUUUCAGAUUUGCAUAUUGGAGGUGAUGAUAUUGUUAACACUUUAUUGAAGGAGAAGUUGCUUCCUAUUUCAUUAGUGUCUUUGACAAUCACUAAUCUCACUGAAAUGAAAUCAUUAAAGGAAAAUGCAUUUCAACACCUCUCCUCUUUGGAAAGCCUUCACUUUCUGCAUUGUCCGGGGCUUGAGUCUUUGCCAGAAGAUACAUUGCUUUCAUCUCUUAAGUUGCUGAGCAUCAGAAAAUGCUCUCGGUUAGAAGCAAGGUACGAAAGUCAGAGAGGAAAAGACUGGUCCAAUAUCGCUCAUAUUCCUGUCAUAAAAAUAAAUGGCCAAGUCAUAAUAUGAGCAAUGGAAAGUGAAUGAAGCUUUGCACUCUCAGAAGGAGUGAAAAAUCCAUCACCAGAACCCCUGCCUUAGGUCCUAUGCUGCAUACCUGCUACUGUAUCUUAUGCGAGAGGAUUUAACUGAAGAUCUUGUGCUAUGUUCAUGAAUAUUGAGUAUGUAGAUGUUACAUACUAAUUUCGUGCAUCUCAGUAGACACUAGUAAGGCAUUAUUUACAGAAUAUUAAGUAUGUAAAUAGAACUAGUUCUCUGUAGUUUCAUGUAUCCACCUUUGAGUAUGGUUUUACACACAAACAUUUGGUUAAAUAAUGAGUGAUAUAUACAAAAUUGUAAAUAAAGUUAUUGUGUGCUUAACCAAAGUUUAGGAUAUAUAUUGACUAUUUGGGUUUCCUUGUCCAUACAAUAAAAUAUAUGUUUGCAAUCAAAGCAUAAGGAAUUAGGCUCAUUUUUAAUUACAUUGGCAACUUCAAUAAUCUAUUAACUUGUACAUACUAGUUCGUUAGUGAAUGAUAGUAUAAUAUAACUUAGAGGCUAAUGCUUUGUUCAAAACUUAGAGACUAAUGCUAGUAAUAAGUGGCUGAAGUUAUUAUACAUAAACCUGAUACUUAUGCACGGUGCAUAAGUAAAGGACAACCACCAGAUGUCAUUUUUACACGUGUUACAAUCUCAGCCUGUCAAAGGAAUUGAACCUCAGCCUUCAGAUUACGUGACACGUGUAAUAAUCACACUCUUUCACAGGAGCUAACGGAUUCCGUCACCAAAAUUAACAGAAUUCUUCAAACGAUUUCACACGAGCUUAUCAAACCUUCUCAGACGAUUUCUGCCGCCGGAAUCAUCAUCUCUGUCACCGAUUGCAUCAUUCGCCGGAAUCAUCAUCAUCCAAAUCAUCAUCACGGUCACCUAUUCCAUGAUUCGCUGAAAUCAUCAUCACCGAAAUCGAUUUCAUCAUUAAUCGACAUCGCCGGCAACAUUACUUCAAACACAGUUCAAAUCACAGUGAUCACAUUUGAUUUGGAGGUUGUUUCAUGAGCUUUUUUUCUACUGAUUUUGAUUAUUAUGUGUUUUUCAGUAUUUGUUAAAUCUGUGAAUGGUUGUGGUUAUUUAUUGAUUUGCAUGAAGAGGUACAAGAAUCACUAGUUUGGGUGUUUAAGAAAUUGCUAGUCUGCUGAUUUUAUCAGAGGGAGGGUGUUUUUUUC